AUGGCCCCCGCAACCACAGCAGCAGCAGCCCUCACGACCGCCUGCACAACUGCAAUCUCCACAAUCCACUCCGACCUCACCACAGACACAACCCUCAGCGACUGCGGCCUCGGCGCCCUCCAACUCCACCGCUCCCUCACCCUCGCCCUCUGGACACCGGCCCCGCCUCCCGCGCCUGCACUCAAGAAUGCAAUAACCCGCGCAACAGACCUCCUCCGUCUCUGCACCGACAAGUUACACACCUAUCCAUACCGCGACGUCCCACUCUGCUGGCGCCGUCUCUACACAGACGCCAGUGUGCUCAAGGCCGUCGCGCAGAUACUACUCCUAACGUCCUUGACGCCCACCGAACAACUCAAUGACUCGGACUCCGAGAUCGUGCGUACACUCGACAUGGCGCUGAUCAUGGCCGGUGCGCCGGGGAACAACCGCCGCGAGAUCAUCGAGGACCUGCUGGAGAAGGUGGACGUCUAUGUUACGACCACCACCACCGAGCCCGCAGCACCAACGAGCCACAACGACCUAAUCGCGGCCGACUCACCCCCGGCACCGAAGCUGGACUGCCCAAUUGAGCGGCACGGCACGCCGCUGUCGCUGGAGGGGUUCACGAAGCAUCUACUAGCGCAGAAUACACCUCUCAUCAUGGCCGGGGUCGUCGACGACUGGCCUGCGCUCACCACCCGCCCCUGGGCGUCCUCCGCUUACCUUCUCAGCCGAACCCACGGCGGCAAGCGCCUCGUACCCGUCGAGGUCGGGCGUAGCUACACGAAUCGUGACUGGGCUCAGCGCAUUAUGACGUUCCGGGAAUUCAUGAACACGCACGUGCUCCCACGCAAUACCGUCCCCGCCUUCACUGGGGAAGAAGACAAGGAGGAGGAGAAAGAGACACCGCAGACAGGCUAUCUGGCGCAGCACACGCUCUUCCACCAGAUCCCGCCGCUGCGUAAUGACAUUCUGAUACCGGACUACUGCUAUACGACACCGCCGGCGCCGCCGGGGGUGCCGACGCCGGUGCAGCUGGAGGCACCGCUGGUGAAUGCAUGGUUUGGGCCGGCGGGGACGAUAUCACCGCUGCAUACGGACCCAUAUUCAAAUAUUCUGUGCCAGGUACUCGGCAGGAAGUAUGUGCGCCUGUAUGCGCCGAGCGAGACGACGAAGCUGUUUCCGAGGGGUGUGGAGGACGGCGGUGUGGAUAUGUCGAAUACGAGCUCGAUCGAUAUUGAGAGGGUUGAGGGCGGCAGCGAGGCGGAGAGUGAGGAGGAGAAGGAGAAGUGGAGGGUCUUUAAAGAAGCCAAAUAUGUAGAAAGGGUGUUAGAGAGGGGGGAGGGGCUGUAUAUCCCGGCGGGUUGGUGGCAUUAUGUGAGGAGCUUGGAUACGAGCUUUAGUGUUAGCUUUUGGUGGAAUUGA